AUGGAUAAUUUUGUUUCUGUUGAUGAUUUUGAAAAAUCGGCGCUCCAAAUUUUGCCGAAAGCGGUCAAAGAUUAUUACGCUAGUGGUGCGGGAAAAGAAUUUACGCUUGAGUGGAACAAAGAUGCGUUUAAAAAAUACAAAAUUCGCCCGAAAGUCUUGACAAAUGUUUUGAAGUGUGAGAUAGGUACGAGGAUUCUCGGGGAAGAAAUAUCGAUGCCGUUGGGAAUAGCCCCGACGGCUAUGCAGGGAAUGGCUCACCCGGAUGGCGAAUGUGCUACUGCUGAAGAAAUAUCAAAAGCAGCACCUAACGCGAUAAAAUGGUUUCAACUGUACGUAUUCAGCAAUCGCCAAGUGACCAUUAAUCUAAUUAGACGCGUGGAAAGAGCAGGUUACAAGGCUAUUGUUCUCACUAUUGAUACCCCAUUUUUCGGAGUAAGACGCCGAGACGUUAAAAACAAAUUCUCUUUGCCGAGACACUUGAAACUGGCGAAUUUCGACGGUCACUUGUCUUCAAAAAUCAACUCUGCGGACUCUGGCUCCGGGUUGAAUGAGUAUGCCGUCGAUCAGUUCGACCGCUCACUGUCUUGGGACGAUAUCGACUGGCUCCAAAGUAUCACUAACCUGCCGAUUAUUUUGAAAGGAAUUUUAAGAGCCGAUGACGCUCUUGCAGCUGUCAAAAAAAGAGUCCAAGGGAUCAUAGUCUCUAAUCAUGGAGCUCGGCAACUUGAUACCGUCCCUGCGUCGAUAGAGGCACUACCUGAAAUAGUUAAAGCAGUUGGUGAUAAGAUAGACGUUUAUUUAGAUAGCGGGAUUAGACAAGGGACUGAUGUAUUCAAAGCCUUAGCUUUGGGUGCUAAAAUGGUGUUUAUCGGAAGACCAAUAUUAUGGGGCUUAACCCACGGAGGAGUAGAAGGAGCCAUAGCAAUCCUGAAAUUGAUGGAACAAGAAAUUAAGCAGACGCUAGCUCUAGCAGGCUGCCGAUCAGUAGAUGAAGUAACUGGUGAUAUGAUAGUUCAUGAGUCACAUUACAGCCGUCUGUAA